GCUCGUGACUCAGUUGCUGUUAGAGUGCCCGUUAGAGAGUGAAGCGCAUAGCGUCACCUCCCAAGCGACUUGUGUGUGUGUGUGUGUGUGUAUAUGUGUAGUAGUGUGUGUAUAGUUUUUUUUUGAUCGUGAGAAGAGAAAACUCUGUUUUUGUUCUGCCCACACAUUUGCUUUACUCAUCAUUGAAGGCAGCCAUUUCUCUUUGGCCAUUCUUCAUCUUGUGUCUUGUUUAAAAGAUUGGUGCUGUGAUGACUCGAUCGUCUGGACGUAAAUAAGAAAGUGCGUGCAUAAUGGCGAGUGCAAAACAGUUUGGAGAUUCGCUAUCCAUCUGGCCGCUGUUGGUGUUGACGAGUCUUUGUCUCGCAUCGGCCGGUCCGAUCGUGAACACGUUUAACGAAGGCAAUGGCGGCCACCGGCUUCAGCAUCUCGUUGUCGACAAGCACAGCGCCUUGGUCUACGUCGGCGGAGUGAACCGGCUCUAUCAACUUUCGCCCGAACUUGAACGCCAGGUGACGGUGGAGACGGGACCGAGGGAAGACAGUCCAGAAUGUCCGGCCGUCGAUUGUCUAGGCUCGGUCCUCAAAAGGCCCACUGACAACGUCAAUAAAGCCCUCGUCAUUGAUUAUACCGACACUAGACUUAUUGCCUGCGGCACUUUAUACCAAGGCAUUUGCAGUGUAAGGAAUUUGAAAAAUAUCAGCGAAGAACUGAUGGAAGUCAGAGAGCCGGUGGUGGCCAAUAAUUCGACAGCGACGACGGUCGUUUUCAUCGCGCCUGGACCGCCGAACCCGCCGAGUACCCACGUGCUGUACGUCGGCGUGACGUACACGGGCAAUUCGCCUUACCGAUCGGAAGUGCCGGCCGUGUCGUCGCGUUCGCUCGCCCGCCACGAAAUGUUUCAAAUCGCCAAGAUGGAGGUGACGACGGGCACGCGAAUCUCGGUCAAUUCGCUGUCACGUGAUCGCUACCCGAUCCACUACGUUUACGGGUUCUCGUCGGAGGGCUUCUCCUACUUCCUGACGACGCAGAUGAGGGAGUCGACCAACAACUCGCCGUACAUCUCGAAAUUGGUGCGCGUCUGCCAGGACGAUCGCGACUAUUAUUCGUACACGGAAGUGCCGCUAGAGUGUGUGGCUGAAAAUGGCACCAGGUACAAUCUGAUCCAGGCGGCCUACGUGGACAAACCGGGAUCGGACCUGGCCGCCGAGUUGGGCAUCCGCGCCCAGGACGACGUCCUGUUUGCCGUCUUCGCCCAAUCCGAUCCGGCCGAAGGGGGCGAGAUGAGCAACAGACCGGCGCCUCGUUCCGCCCUCUGCGUCUAUUCGCUGAAAUCCAUCCGCCGUAAAUUCAUGCACAACAUCCAGAAAUGUUUCAGCGGGGAAGGUCAUCGCGGGUUGGACUUUAUUUCGCCCAGCCUUCCAUGCGUUCAUACGAAAUUGCAAACGAUUGGAGAAGACUUUUGCGGUCUGGACGUCAACACUCCGCUGGGCGGUGGCGAGCCGGUGAUUGAACGGCCCGUCUGCACCAUGAACAACGUCCUCUUGACGGCCGUGGCUGCCACCUCGACUGGGGACUUUACCGUCGUGUUUCUAGGAACGUCCAAGGGACAUCUCAAAAAGGUGGUGGUAGAGAACGUGAAAGGAGACGGCGGUGGCCGAGGAGCUUUCGAAUAUGGCGACAUUGCCGUCGAUGAAGGAAGUCGAGUGUCGUCCGAUCUCGUCUUUGACCCGCAGCGGAUGCAUCUCUACGCCAUGACUGAACGCAAAGUGACGAAAGUUCGCGUCCAGGAUUGCGGUGUCUACAAAACUUGCGGCGAAUGUCUAGGAGCUCGAGAUCCCUAUUGCGGAUGGUGUUCUUUGGAGAAUAAGUGUAGUUUACGAAGCGAUUGCCAAGACGCAGCCAAGGAUCCGCUCUACUGGAUCUCUUACAAGAGCGGAAGAUGUACGACCAUUACUUCCGUCACGCCUAACCAGCUCCAACGGACCACGGCUCGCACGCUCUCGUUGGUGAUCGACAAUCUGCCGACGUUGUCGGGCCAAUUCCAGUGCGCCUUUUCCGCCUUUGGCAAAACUCUGUUGACAAAUGCUACCAGGACUGCCAACGGGGUCAGCUGCACAACACCUCGUACGGAUCAUAUUCCGGCCAAUCCUCCUGGACAACAUCAUUUUACGGCCAAAUUGUCGGUGCGGACGACGACGGGUCCUGAUUUCGUGGCCACCAAUUUCACCUUUUUCGACUGCACGACCUACACGUCGUGCACGGAAUGCGUUUCGUCCUCCUAUCCGUGCGAUUGGUGCGUGGACGGACAUCGGUGCACUCACGACACGGCCGAAAAUUGCCGCAACGACAUCCUCGUCACUGGCGUCAACCGAAUCGGACCGAGCAUUCGAAGCGGACCCGGUUUCUGUCCUCGAAUCAACGCGACGGCCAGCGUGUCGACCGAGAUCCUCGUCUCGCACGGCAUCAAGAAGAGCAUCAAAGUCAAGGUGGAGAACAUCGCCCAGUUCAUCGUGCAGACGAAUUUCGUGUGCCAGUUCAAUAUCGAGGGUCGCGUCACGCACGUCCGCGCUCAAUUGCUCGGCGACAUUAUUUACUGCGACGACAUGGAGUUUACGUACUCGUCAAGGGCGCCCAACAUCACGGCCACGUUCGCCGUCAUUUGGGGAGGGUCGAAACCUCUCGACAAUCCCGACAACGUCCAUGUUCUCAUUUAUCGGUGCAGGGAAAUGGCGGACAAUUGCGGACUCUGCCUCGCCCUCGCCGACAAGUAUCUCUGCGGAUGGUGCCAGACUUCUGACAAGUGUGAAGUCAGGGAGCAGUGUGACCGUAGCGGAAUUGGCGGAUCAGUUUCGGUGGCUACGGGAGCCCCUUGGUUGGAUCGAGACCAAAUCUGUCCAAACCCUGAGGUGAAACGUUUUGACCCGAGACUGGGGCCCUGGGAAGGCGGCACCAACGUGACCAUUGAAGGUGUCAAUCUGGGCAAAACAUUUGCCGACAUCGCUGGAGGCAUCACCGUGGCCGGCAUGCCCUGCCAUCCUUACAAAGAGCUCUACGUCCAAACGCGACGCAUCGUCUGUCUCGUCGACAGCCCGCAAAACAUCGAAGCGCGACGCGGGCCGGUCAUCGUCCGCGUCUCCAAUUUCAAAGGCGAGUCGGCCGACUAUUACGAGUUCGUCAAUCCCGUCAUCGAGUCGAUCCACCCGACGCGCGGGCCGCUUUCCGGUGGCACCCAGCUGACCAUCAGAGGGCAGUUUAUGAACGCGGGCAGCUCGAUCCACGCCGUCAUCGAUCCGUCGCUGGCCUGCUCCAUUACCAGCACCAAUUCCAGUCAUGCCAUCUGCCGGACGAGCGCGUCGAAUCGCCUGCGCAGCGGUGAAUUGCAAAUGUCGUUCGACAGAGGCAUACGUCGCUACACUCGCCAAAUGUUCCAGUACGUGGAAGACCCGACCAUUGAAUACGCCGAAUCGGGGGUCGUCAGCCAAGUCAAAGUCCCUAAAGGUGUCCCGUCAGGUGGCAUCAUCAUCUCCGUAGUUGGCAAUAAUUUGGAAUACAUUCAGGAACCCAAGAUGUUUGUGCGCUAUCGAGAUGUAGUGCACUCGAGCAGUUGCCAAGUGCUUUCCAACCAGCGAAUGGAGUGCCGCUCGCCGUCCGUCCCCGUCCUUGGCCAACAAAUAUCGCCCGAGGAGCCACUGUCUCUCGACUAUGGAUUUUUGAUGGACGACGUGCCGUCGGUGCGAAACCUGUCACAUUCGACAAACUAUUCGAAAUUCCUCCUCUAUCCGGACCCUGUCUACGAGAAAUUUGACGAGGAAGUCAAAUAUUACAAGAGCGAUUAUCUAACCAUUAAUGGCAUCAACUUGGAUCGAGCCUGCCAGGAAAACGACGUGGAGGUAUCGAUUGGAACGGCGCCGUGCAACGUGACUUCGCUUUCCAGGAAUCAGCUGACGUGUCGUCCUCCGUCUGCCCAGCCGCCGGCCGCCGGUUCCAACCCGAACGACGCCCCCGAAGUGGUGGUGCUGGUUGGCCGUAACCUUCGCUACGUCAUCGGCAAGCUGAGCUACGACUCACCCAACAGUGGCGAAGGCCAACUGCCCAGGUCUGUCAUCAUCGGCGUGACGAUCGGCUGCGGACUGCUCGUCUUUGUCUUCAUCUGCGUCGUCAUCGCCUAUCGGCGCAAGUCGACCGAGAGCUCGCGAGUCCUCAAGAGCAUGCAAGAGCACAUGGACCAGCUGGAGCUGCAGGUGGCCGCCGAAUGCAAAGAAGCCUUCGCCGAACUGCAAACCGAAAUGACGGACCUGACGUCAGAUCUCACCUCGGGCGGCAUUCCCUUCCUCGAUUACCGCACCUACGCCAUGAAGAUCCUGUUCCCCUCCAUGGAGGAGCACACGCUGCUGCAGUGGGAGCGGCCCGAGUUGUUGCGCAAAGACAAACCCUUACGCCUCUUCGGCCAGCUGCUCAUGAACAAGACGUUCCUGUUGCUCUUCAUCCGCACGCUGGAGAGCAACCGCUACUUUUACAUGCGUGAUCGCGUCAACGUGGCCUCGCUCAUCAUGGUCACGCUGCAGAGCAAGAUGGAGUACUGCACGGACAUAUUGAAGACGUUGCUGGCCGAGCUGAUCGAGAAGUGCAUGGAAGGCAAGAGCCACCCCAAGCUGCUGCUGCGGCGCACCGAGUCGGUGGCCGAGAAAAUGCUGUCGGCCUGGUUCACCUUUUUGCUGUACAAGUUUCUGCGCGAGUGCGCCGGCGAGCCCCUCUACCUGCUCUUCCGCGCCAUCAAGCACCAAGUGGACAAGGGUCCGGUGGAUUGCGUCACCUCCGAGGCGCGCUACUCCCUCUCGGAGGAGAAGCUCAUUCGCCAGUCGAUCGACUACAAGAUCAUGACCGUCUACGUGUCCAUUUCGCCGCAGACGAUUUACGUGAGCGGCCUCGAAGCUCACACGGACAACACGGACACGCCCGUCAAAGUGCUCGACUGCGACACGAUCGUCCAAGUCAAAGACAAAGCUCUGGACACCAUCUACCGGUCGACGCCGUACAGUCAACGUCCGCGCAAAGAGGACCUCGACCUGGAGUGGAGGACGGGCACGUCGGGCCGGCUGGUACUCUACGACGAGGAUUCCACGUCCAAAGUGGAGGGUGACUGGAAGAAGCUCAACACGCUGGCGCACUAUCGCGUGCCGGACGGCGCCCUCUUGACGCUCAUUCCCAAACAGUCGUCCAUGUACAACCUGUCCAUCUUGUCAGAUCAGCAUCGAGGUGGCGCGGCCGACAAGGGCCACCACCACAAGUACGAGACGCUCAACCUCAACUUGUCGAAAUUCAGUUCGGCCAGUCCGCCGAUGAGCCGAGCCACGUCGCCCAUGAACCAUCACGGCGACCGGAGCCACGGCGGCGGUGGCGGAGGCCACGGCACUCACGACCGCGGCGGCGAUCAAGACCCCAGCGUCAAAGUGUGGCACUUGGUUCGCCACCACGAUCACGACAAUAAUCGCAAGGACGGCGACCAGCGCGGCAACAAGAUGGUCUCCGAGAUUUACCUGACUCGACUCUUGUCCACCAAGAUCACGUUGCAGAAGUACGUGGACGAUCUCUUCGAGACCAUAUUCAGCAUCGCCAACAGGGGCUCCGCUUUGCCGUUGGCCAUCAAAUACAUGUUCGACUUUUUGGACGAUCAAGCCCUGCAGCACGGCAUCACGGAUCCGGAGGUUGUGCACACGUGGAAGUCCAACAGCUUACCUCUGAGAUUUUGGGUCAACCUGAUCAAAAAUCCCAACUUCGUCUUCGACGUUCACAAGUCCAACAUUGUGGAUUCUUGCCUGUCGGUGGUCGCUCAAACGUUCAUGGAUUCGUGCUCAACUUCGGAUCACCGACUAGGCAAAGACUCGCCCAGCUCCAAGCUGCUCUUCGCCAAAGACAUUCCCGUCUACAAGGAAUGGGUGGAACGUUACUAUGCCGAUAUUAAGACGAUGGCGGCCAUUUCCGAUCAAGACAUGAACGCCAUGUUGGCCGAAGAGUCGCGCCAGCACACGGUCGACUUCAACGUGAAUUGCGCGCUGCAGGAGCUGUACAACUAUGCCGACCGCUACUAUGAGCAGCUCAUGAUGGCACUCGAGGAAGACGAAUUUUCGCAGAAGCAACGACUGGCUUAUCGAUUGGAGCAAGUGCGAAAUCUCAUGGCCGCUGAAAUGGGCAGCCCUUGAAGAACUGAACCUCAACUCGUGUUGUUUCCUUUGAUUUCGCUUGACCUACACAUCUUUAUAUUCUGAUACAAUUCUUGGCCGGAGCAGCGAAAUGCGCAAACAAAAGGACAAAUUCCUAUAUCGUCUGUUCAUUCGAGUCAUAUUUUGGUAGCCCUAUCCUCCUCCACCCUCCCCCCUCAUUAUUAUUAUUAUUAUUAUUAUUUUUUUAAAUGGCUAUUUAAAUAGGCAAUAAAAAAGCCGUUUCAUUUUGGGACGUGUGGACACAGGUAUCUAUUCGGCUUCGAUCGUGGCAUCCCCAUUUGAUUCAUUCCUUCCCUCCCGUCGUCCUACCUCCACCCCUCGCCCUCCACCCCCACUCUAUGGACCAAUCCUAAUAAAGUAGCAAGUCUUUCCACCGCUUCACCGUCUUCUUGAAUCGCGUACGACAUCAUUGAAACACAAUUUUAAGAUCGUUUCUCUUUUGUUUCAUUUCUUUUUCCUGUGCAGCGGGACUUACCCACAACAUCUUCUUUCAAAUUUUUGUAUUUUUUCCCCCUUCCUCACCUGAUCAGGACUCAUCUUGUUUUUCAACCCCCCUCACCCCUCACCCCACCAUCCCCCUGAAUAUCUUUUUUUUUUUUUUUCAAAUAAAUUUAAGAGCGUGCUUGCUGUAUAUAUAUAACAUGUGACUGUGUACUGCGAAUGUACGUGUGAUCUUGUCCCAUUAUUAUCACAUCCGCCAGCGUAUCUUUUUAUUUUCGCUUUAUUCCUUGACUGUUUUUUUGUUGAUGCUGCCUGUCCAAUCGAGCUCAUUUAAUUGAUUGCUAACCGGAAAAUCGUUAUUCGUUUGCCGAUCGAGUCGAAAUGGUGAUAUCCUCUCGAUCGGGAGACUUGACAGUGUGAAUGACUUGAUCGCGUGUUAGAAUUUCGAGGUCGACUAAUUUGUGACCGCAUUCCUCGACAAAUUCGAUUUGAAAAAGCCGAUAACUGACAGUAUGGACACAGGACGACGAAUGUUGUUUUUUUUUUUUUUAAUAUUUUUUUUCUCUUUGGUUUUCCUUAUCGUGUUUCAAAGUUCAGCUGAAUUGCGACGACCACCUGUUUUCUUGUAUACAAGUGUACAGUGAAAUUGCAUUCUUUAUACAUAAGUUCGUCGAAACCACUCAUUCUUUUUGCGCUCCGGAUGUUAUUCACUAAAGCUAUCUUUUCUCUAUCAAAAUAAUGCUGUGUAGUUUCCAUCGCAACUGUACCUCUCGUGAGAGACACUCAAUAACACGAGAAUCUAUUCAUAA